AUGUUCUAUAUACUUGUCGUCGGGUUUGUUGCUUUCAUCUCAUCGAGCGGAGCGUCGGAUUUACAAACGUAUUUCAAUUUAAUUGAUCAAAAUCACGAUGGAAAAGUAUUUAGUGAUGAGCUUUUCGUCUUUUUCAACACAUUUUAUGAAGAGAAACCAGACCAAGGAACACUCUCACUACUGAAAGCCAAGCAAAUCGAAAAUCAUAUCGUCAAAAAAUUCAAUCAGAAUUCUACGAGGAAUUAUCUAACUCUUUUCGAUCUCGAGCGUCGCUUCGUUGAUCUCUAUGCUCUACAAAACCAAUUUCCGACCUUCCUAUUCAAUGGUUACGAACCAGAACAAGUUCACUUAUCCUACACUCAUAAUAUUUUUAAUGAAAUGUAUGUUUCCUUCGUUACACGCGAACAUCCGUCUUCAAAUCUUCGGCCCAUUGUUCAAUAUUGUGAGAAGAACUGUCUCGCGAUUGGCGAAACAACUACAUAUAAUGUCGACAAUUGGCAUUAUUGGAUUCAUCAUAUUUACAUCAAAGAUCUCGAGCCGGGUAUGAAAUAUAACUAUAAACUUGGCUUUAUCGAACCGGAUAAUGUUACCAUUCGUCAUCUGUACUCCAGUGAACAUUGGACAUUUCAAACAUCGUCCUCAUUGGAAAAGCAAAGCACAGAAAUCGUGUACAUCUAUGGCGAUAUGGGAACGAUCAUGCCGUUAGGUUUCGAAGUAACCAAGUCGAUUAUUGAAGAUUUCAAUAAGAAAAAGAACGAACGUGCAAAUUACGUUGUUCAUGUAGGUGAUAUUGCCUAUGCUGGCACCGGUGGCGAAAUGGAAGUGCAAACAAUUUGGGAUCUAUUCAUGAAUCAAAUUGCUCCUAUCGCCAGUCAAAUUCCAUAUAUGACAGCAACGGGCAAUCAUGAGAAGUAUUAUAAUUAUACCAGUUAUAAAACGAGAUUCUUCAUGCCGUCGAAGACGAAUCCAACAGCAUUGGAGAAAGAUGGCAAUUUUUAUUUUACCCUAGAAACCAAUCUUGUUCAAUGGAUCUUUCUUUCUACUGAACACGAUUACACACCUGGAUCAUUACAGCGAACAUUUCUGGAUAAUUUUCUCGAAGAAUUUCAACAAAAAUGGCAAGGAAAACAACGGCCAUGGUUAAUCAUUGUUGGACACCGACCAAUGUAUUCAUCCGAUCAAGCAACUGACUCUGGUCGAUUACAGGAACAAAUUGAAUCAGUAUUAAUUCAAAAUCGUGUUGAUCUCGCUGUUUGGGGGCAUAUGCAUUGUUAUGAACGAACAACACCGGUCGAAUAUAAUCGUUUUACUGAUAAAGAACAUUUCUCAGCCGAUGGUAAACUUUAUCAACAUAACGCAACGGAAACAAGUCCAAUUCAUUUAACAAUCGGAACAGCAGGGGCAUGGAUCAAUGAAAAAUGGAUACCGAAACCAGAAUGGUCUCAAACACGCUAUCAGAGAUACGGUUUCGGCAAACUUUUUCUUUACAAUCGGACGCAUUUGGAAUUUCAUUCGGUUUCAAUUGAUAAAACAUCUUCUGACGAAGAUGAUAGUUUUAUGAUUAUCCGACAGUUUUGA